AUGUAUAAUCCGUGUAGCAAUCCAUACAGGAUACCAAAGGGGACAGGCACAAAACGUCCUGAUUUACCCGACCGAGUGGUUUCCGACGUAUCUGCAUCACCCGAUCCCUCGAAGGACGUCAUGACUACUGCUUCAUGUCCUUCGAAGGGUCGACCGGACUCAGGGUCGGUCUCCCUCGACCUGACUCUGCACUUCAGCCAGACGACGCCGAGGGUUUUCUCUUGUAAUUACUGCAGGCGCAAGUUCUAUAGCUCGCAGGCAUUGGGGGGACACCAGAAUGCGCACAAGAGGGAGCGGACAAUGGCAAAGCGUGCCAUGCGGAUAGGCAUAUUAUCCUAUAGUUACACGAGCUUAGCAUCUCUGCCCCUUCACGGCUCAACAUUCCGGUCCCUCGGGAUCGAAGCUCAUUCCGCCAUGCACCAAGGAACCAUGCCAUCAUCCGGCCAUAGGCUGAUAGAUGAGAGAACCGGAGCACGGUUUGAUCAAGGGUAUUUCGGAAUCCCAAUGCACAUGGAAGAUGAUGAUGUAGACUUGUUCUGGCCCGGGAGUUUCAGGCAGGUGAACGACGAUAAAAGAGCCGGCACCGACCAAAAUUUGGACACGGCUCAAAGUUCAAAUAUAGGAUUUGUAGCAAUGGCAUCACCACCAGGAACAGAUCCAUCUGCACUCGAUCUUACCUUAAAGCUCUAAUAUUUUUCGUUUUCGGUUCCAUCUAAACGAAACACUGAUUAUGUGUUAACCGGCAUGUGAAUAAGGAUUCGUGCAAUAGUCUUCAUAGGACUUCUAGUUCGGAUAAUCAUUCAUUGUUCCCAUCGAAAUUGGUCGCUAAGCCGUGUGUCGAUAAUCAUUCGGUGGAUUCGAGGAGGAGGGAUACAGAGAAUUGGAGAGUUUUGAACAGUAUGGAUGGAAGGAGAACCAGGAAGAUUAGGAAAGAAUGCUUCUCGACAUUGUCUUCGAGUCGAUUCCUGCCGUGGCUCUAAUGAUGCAGGAGCUGCCUGAUGAAACACUUGAAUUGACCAAAGAAUACUUGAGGAACCUUAUAGCAACACCCGAGAGGAAGGAAGAAUUAGUUCGACUUUGAAGCCGACUCGAGAGGAGAUCUGAUCUCACCAAGGAGACACUCUCAAAGUGCUAUAAGGAUCAAGGAAGCAGAAGCAAUAUUGUUCCAAAGCAAAGCAGGCGAAGCACUGAGAGAAGUCGAGAGUUACAGGAGGAUGAUCCAGGCAAAAUCCGAUAAGUUGGAAGAGGAGUACGCCGAGAAGCUAUCGAAACUCUGUUUACACGAGACCGAGGAAAGACGACGGAACAAAAUCGAAGAACUAAAUGUUUUGGAACAUUCACACUGUGAUUACUACAAAUUGAAACUAAGAAUGCAAGCAGAGAUUGCCGGUUUGCUGGAAAGAAUGCAAACUACAAAGCAACA